AUCAUUUAGCAAAAUUCUGGGCUAACUAACUUUUUAUCCAUGGAAAAAUUAUUGAUACUGCAAGACUGACUCGCACAUAGACCAGCAGUGUGCACAACUGGCAAGGGUCACAAUGAGUGAGGCAAGGGAGAGGUUGAAGGCCAUUGAACACAUGCGUAAGCUCUUCAAACAACAGCAGUUCAUUUUCAUAGCAGCCCUAGAGAGGUCACGGGAGCAUGCUCAUGAUAGGACAGAACCAGUGGCAUCAGUCAUGCAGGUUCAAGGGUACAUGGAGCACCACUGCAGUAAUGCCACAGAUCGGCGCAUUUUCACCCUCUUCUUGAAAAUUGUGGGGGAGCUGAGGGAUUUUCUGAGGCUCCUGGAGGGCGCAAACCAAAGCCCUGGAGGUGGCAUCCUAGACACUUACAGGUUGCUUCUCAGCUACAACUGCAACAUCAGCAAACUGCAGGCCCAUUACCCACAUGAUGAAGUGAAUCGACUGAGCUGUGACGAGGCCAGGAACUACUACAGUGGUGUGGUAAGCCUUAUCCCACUAGCACUGGAGCUACUGCAAAGGAUGGCCAGUUCCUACACCUACUGCAGCCAGGACAACCCGUCUGCUGGGAAUCCUAAUGUUGAUGUCCUUGAGUCUUCAGCACAGCGAGGUGGGACGGCUGGUGUGGGAGACAUGUCUUUCAGCCUGACUGGGCACGCUGCUGGUGGUCAUAACACUAGGCAGACCCAGGCUAAGAGAGCAGGCGCGUGGCAUGCAAGCAAACCAGCCUGGAGACCUCCGGGCCUCACCGCCAGGAUUAGGCAUUAGGCCUUUGACCAUUUCCUCUAUUUUACAUAAAUCAGCAUUGUAAGAAAGUUAGUUUCUCUUGGUUUGACUUGUGAUUAACUAUUACUCAGAACUUGGCAACCAUAUUACACAAAUGUUUGAUACAACAGACUGCAACUGGAAAAAUAGUCUUCAACACCAUUUGGGUUUUGAGACAUAAGUGAUUUCUAUCAAAACAAUGCAGUGGCUUUUCUAAACCCCACUGACACUGUAGAAUUAGACAAAGAUGGUACAUUUUAGUCAUUUAGCAGACGCUCUU